AUGGAUCUCCGUCCCGACUGGAUCCUCCUCAACACUGUAGCAGUCGCUGGCCGCAACAGCGACGCUAUCACUGCCACAGACUGCACGAGGUAUGGGAAGACCAUCGAGGUAUCGCUCUCUCUCGAGCACCCACCACAUCCCUCCAUCCUCUACGUGCACAGCUCCGACAUGAACCCGUGCGUGCCCCCCAACAUCGUCUGCGCGGUGGAGAACCUCGUGCUUGUCUCCGUCAACUUUGGAUCUGGACCGUCCUCCCUCUCGCGCUACGACUUCGACUAUUUCAUCUACCAAGCUCACACCAGCGGCCCGUCGCUCCAGCGGCUGCAGCGCCCUCACGACCCCUACUUCAAGUACAACGGCGUCGGCCUCCUUCCUCGUUCGGAUGGCAAAUACACCGUCGCCGCGUUGAUUCCCACAUUCACUAGAAACCAGUACAAACUCUACGUGCUCCACUCCCAUACUCAGAGCUGGAGUUGCAGGACGUUGUGUGUGGAGGUGCCACAGGAGCCGUUUCCGAUGGAGCUCCCCAGAGGCUCAACUCAGCUUCAUAGUCAUUUAACAAGCGGCGUGAUAACCAUCGGAGGUGAAGGUGGUACCAUUGGCUGGGUUGAUCAUUGGCGUGGCAUCCUCUUAUGUGACGUGCUGCUCGAAAAGCCCUCCCUUCGUGGUGUGCCUAUUCCCCUGCCGUUGAAGGAGCUAAGGGAUACCAGCGGGAAGGAUUUUCCAUUUGGACCUGGAUGGCAACGCCGUGGCAUUGCCUUCAGCAGAGACAAGGUCCUCAAGCUUGUUCACUUGGAGGUUACUGCCACUCGACUUCCCUACAAGGACCCCGAAACAGGGUCUCUCUCUUUCAAAGUGGAUAGCUGGGCUCUCACCACAUGGAGCAACACACGUAUGACCAACUCGUACGAGGAUUGGCACCAGGACUGCACGGUCCAUGCUUCUGACAUCACAAUCGACAACCCAGCUGUUUCCAAGGUGCUCGAGUCUGGAUUGCUUGCAGGAGAGCAUCUGGCCCUGCAGAACCUCGUAAUGUCUCAGCCAGCUCAGUGCAUGAAUGGUAAAGAAGAUGUCGUUUGCUUGGUGGCCAGGAAGAAACAUAAUCACCCGGCGGCAUGGAUUCUGAUUGUUGAUAUGAAGAAUGCCAAAGUACAAGCUGUAGAGGAGUUUGGUACUACUGAAAGACAGCUUCAUUCAUCUAUCAUAUAUUACCCUAGUAUGAUUUCCCAAUAUAUGAUGAAUCCACCAACUACCCUAGGCCGUUCCUUCCCAAUUUCAAGCAAAGAAACUCACGAAGAACAGUUACAUGUUGGGAUCAAACCAAGUGAGCGACCAACUCCUUAUCCAUGGGCACGUUUGGUUCACUGCAUGCAGCCCAACCAGGGCCGUCGGAUGCAGUGCACCCUUGAUUGGUUAGCUGAAUUAGGACUCCAGCCUGGCCUGUGGCAUGCACGAGGCUUCACUCAGCCAGGCUCGUCAGGUGGUGAUGAUGCAGAGGAAUGA